AUGGAACAACAAAAUCAAAUAAGUAAAGAAUUUGUAACAGCAAAAAUGUCAUCACCAAUACCAAUUAAAAAAUCACCAUCACAUCAAUCAUUAUUUUCAACAUCAAUAUUAGGGUCAUCGCCAACAUCAAAUAGUUCAUCAGGAUCAAAUACACCAACAUCUUCAUCAUCGUCGCCAAGUAAUUCAAAUGGUAGUUGGACACCAGAAAUAUUUAAUAGUUUAAUAUCAUCAUUAACAAAUUGGUUAAAAGGUAUUGAAGAGAAUAAAGUAUCCGAAGAAGAAUAUAAAAUUAGAGAGAGUGAAUUAUGGCUCGAUUGGGAAUGGAUUUUAUCGACAACCGAAGAAUUUUUAAUUAAACAAAAUCAAACAGAGAAUGCUCGUGUACUUGGUGAAUUGGAUAUUUUAAAGAGAGCGGCAUCAAAUUUAAAAGUUAAACCAAUUUUUAUCAAUAGAGCAAAUUUAAUUUUAAAAGAACAAUUAUUUGAACAACAAGAUAUCGAUUUACUUUCAACAUCACCAUUAGAUCCAAAUAAAAGAUUGGGUAUAAUUACUACAAUUAUUAAUACUUUAGAAGUUGAAUGGUUAAAUUAUAUUAAACAAAAAUAUUUUUACGAUGAUAAUAAUAAUAAUAAUAAUAAUAAUAAUAAUAAUAAUAAUAAUAAUAAUAAUAAUAAUAAUAAUAAUAAUAAUAAAAUUACCGAUAAUAAUUUUAACAAUAACAAUAAUAAUAAUAACAAUAACAAUAAUAUUAAUAAUAAUGAAGAUAUUAACGAUAAAAACGAUGAUAAUACCGAAUCAACAACAACACAAUUCGAAUUAGCCGAAGAUGGUUGGGAAGAUAAUUUAAAUAAUAGUGUAAAUUCUACAUCAAGCAAUAUUAGUAAUUCUAAUAACAACAACAACAACAACAACAACAACAACAACAACAACAACAACAACAACAACAACAAUAUUAAUAAUUUAAUAAAAGAAGAAGAGGAAGAAGAAAAACAAGAAAAAGAAGAUUAUGAUUUUGGUGAAAAUAGUAAUAUUAAUUUUGAAGAAACUAAAGAAGUUAGAAAAAUUGAUAAUAGUACAAUCGAUGAUAUGAUUGUAUUAAAAAAGAAUAUUAAUAAGAUUACAUGGGAACAAUUUAUGGAUAAUUUUAAAGGUUCAAAAUAUUCAAAGGGUGUACAUGGUAGAAUGAAGGAUCUGGGUUGGCAAGCAUCACAUGGUGUCGAUGGUUCCUUGAAUUCAAGGGUAAUUGGUGAUGUUACUUGGUCAAUUUGGAAUACUCUUUCAUCUGCUGUCAAAUCCAUUAGAGAAGUUACCACCGAAGAAAGUAAUGAACUCAUCGAUAUCGUUUGUUUAUUACAACCAAUGUUGGUUAGAAUGUGGUUGGAUACAAUUAAAAACUCUAGAAUCGGUGUUAUGAACGAAGGUAUAGUCGUGGCUCAAUGGAAACAAGAAGAAUCGAAAAAGAAGAAAAAACAAUUGGAAUUAAAAAAAUCUGGAAAAUUAGAUAAAUAUACAAAUGAAAAAGUAAAGGUUUUAGAUCAUGAAAGAAAAGAAAUCUCUCAAAUUAGAUUAAAUUUAGAAAAGAAAUUAAAAUUAAAAGUUAAAGAAAAAUAA